AUGGCUUCGAUUUCAUCAAUGGCUGCUACCCUUCGCACAGCCAGAUUACCAACCACUAUAUUGGAAAAAUAUGCUGCAACCACUGUCGCCAGUAAUGUUCUCGCCGUCAUCCCUCGCUGCCUCCCAGUACGAAUUCGUCACUCGUCAUCGUCAUCCUCCUCCGGAUCGUCAACGGGCGCUUUGGCCUAUAAAGCUCUUCAUCGUCGUAUAAACCCUCUCCCAACCUCAGAGCCCCCCGCUUGGUCUGCUUCCGCCGCCGUUUCCUCAAUUCUUUAUGAGACACCACUUCCCUCUUCCGCUCCGCCAAAAAGACAUGUUCUCAAUUGCCUUGUUCAGAAUGAACCUGGCGUUCUCUCUCGAGUGUCGGGAAUCCUUGCGGCACGUGGUUUCAAUAUUGACUCAUUGGUGGCUAGACGACAACUAGAAGAUCUCGUUCCUGUCUGGGCAGUGCUUGAUUACACUGCAGCACCUCUUGUCCAGCGGGAGCUCUUGCUCGCCAAGAUCUCUAUAUUAGGCCCAGAGUAUUUCGAAGAACUACUUGCACAUCACCGGGAGAUUACAGCAGAGGGUGGAGACUCUGGAAGGGCUGAAAGUUCGAACAAGGAUAGUGAUUAUCAUCCUUCGAAGCUUCCAAUUUCCCAGGCUUUAAGGCACAAACACCAGCAUCUUCAGGCUAUCACACAAUUGACUCACCAGUUUGGAGGCAAGAUUUCAGAUAUAUCUGAAAACAAUUGUAUUGUUGAACUUGCUGGGAAACCCUCCAGGCUUGAUGCGUUCAUGAAGCUUAUCGCUCCUUUCGGUAUUCUUGAAUCUGCUCGAACUGGUCUCAUGGCGCUUCCUCGCUCACCUCUGCACACACACACAGAGGAUCUCGACGUUAAAGAUGCCGGUGAUGUUGUUGAUGCUAGCUCUCUCCCCCCCGGCUAA